AUGAUGGGAAAGCAGCUGCUCACAAAGACCCCGCAGGCCGUAUGGGCCCAGGUCCUGCAACCCGGCGACACGGCGGUGGAUGCCACGUGCGGUAACGGCCACGACACGCUGUUCCUGGCUCAGGCAGUUGGGCCUCGUGGGCACGUGCACGGAUUCGACAUCCAGGACGCCGCCAUCAGCGCCACCAGGGAGCGGGUGGAGGCGCACCUGACUGCCAGCAGCCGACCCACCAUCACCCUGCACCACACCUGUCACUCGGGACUUCGGGAGCUGUGCGGGUCGGGGGUGGCGCGUGUGGUGGCCUUCAACUUGGGCUACCUGCCCGGCACGGGUGACAAGCGGGUCAUCACCGCCACGCAAUCGACUGUGGCGGCGGUGGAGGCCGCCUUGGAGGUAGUGUGCGUGGUGAUGCCCGGCGGCAUUAUCAGCAUCUUGGCGUAUGUGGGUCAUCCGGGGGGGCAGGAGGAGUACGAAGCAGUUGGGCGGCUGGUUUCGGAGCUCAGUCCGUCAUACUGGUGCGAAGGGUUGGGUUGCAGGACUGCACGAGCUAGGGCCUUCUGCGCUUCGGCCACCGACUCGGGUUGUAACUCAAGUACUGCCACCGUAAGCAAGUCCCGGAAAGCCGUCGUGCGUUCCCGAGUUGGUAGCGGCCCAAGCUGCGGUUGGGCCAGCAGUAAGAUGUGCUCCACUGCCGCCGCUGCAGCGUGCAGCGGUAGCGUUUCCCUGGAGUUUGCAGCACAAGCCGCUGCGGAUGUUCUUAAUACAUUGCGCACGGCCAUGGCCUGCUCUCCGGCCGGUCCUAACGGGACCCUGGAAUCCGAUGCAGUCGUGAUGGACGCCCUAAUCUUUCAUGUAGUGAAGGACCUUCCACCCUUCCUGCCUGUCAGGUUAGAGUUUGAGCGGGGUCAAGCCCAGACCAUGCCCCAGACCAUGCCCCAGACCAUGCCCCAGACCAUGCCCCAGACCAUGCCCCAGACCAUGCCCCAGACCAUGCCCCAGACCAUGCCCCAGACCAUGCCCCAGACCAUGCCCCAGACCAUGCCCCGGACCAUGCCCCAGACCAUGCCCCAGACCAUGCCCCAGACCAUGCCCCGGACCAUGCCCCAGACCAUGCCCCAGACCAUGCCCCAGACCAUGCCCCAGACCAUGCCCCAGACCAUGCCCCAGACCAUGCCCCAGACCAUGCCCCAGACCAUGGCUUCAAUGCAAACGUUCCAUCCUCGAGCUGACGACAGCCAUGCACCACCUAUGAGUAGUCCAUCCCUCAAGCCCUUCUAG